AUGGACGACCUAGAUGGAGCACCAACACAAGCCGAGAUCAAUGCUCAGCUGUUGGCUAACCAUGCUGAACUCCAAGCCACACUGGCCACGGUGACUGAGCAGCUGGCUCAGAUAACAGGGAGAAACCGAGCUAAUGCUCCACAGCCAAGGAGAAGAAACCAACCCAUUCCAGAAGAGCAACAAUCCCAAUCCAGUGAGGACAACUCGGACACUGACCGUACCGAACCGGACGAGCCGCGGUACGAACGGGCUGGGCGUGGGAACCGGCGGGAGUAUCGGGUCCAAGGCGAUGGAAGCCCGAUCCGUAGGAGAUUCCGAGAUGAAGAGGUCGCCUGGCAAGGAGGCAAGGAUCUCAAACUUACUCCUCCAACCUUUGCUGGAAAGGUCGACCCGGACGCUUACAUCGAAUGGGAGAAGCGCAUGGAGUACAUCUUUGAGUACUACCGCUAUACCGAGGGUACUAGGACCGUGGAGGAAUACUUUGAAGAGUUCGAGGCUCUCAAGAACAAGCUCAGGACGCGCGAAACCGAAGAAGUUAUGAUGGCACAGUUCUUGGAAGGUCUUCAAGACCGCAUUGCUCGCAAGGUGGAGAGGCAGACUUACGUCAACUUCAACGAUCUCCUCCACUGUGCCGUCCAGGCCGAGCAGCACAUUAGGAGGAAGAACGCCUCUAGUGCCAGGAACAAGACGCCAUGGGCUCCAUCCGGAUCCAAAGGAGCUGAGAAAAACAAGUCCGUUGAAGUGGACAGCCGGUUCAAGAAGAACCAAUCCGACCAGUCCAAGCAAGGCUCAUCCGAACCAGGUAAGGGACCAACUCCAGCCCAAAGAACCCGUGAUAUUACUUGUUUCAAAUGUCAGGGAAAGGGGCACUACGCCAGGGACUGUCCGAACAAGCGUGUCAUGAUCCUUAAGGCGGAUGGCGAGUAUGAGUCCCAAGACGACGUCGAUGCAGAGUCGGCUGGAUCAGGAGAUGAGAUAGUGGACUAUGCUGAGACUGGUGAGCUACUGGUGGUCAGACGAGCUCUCAGUGCUCUCUUUGAUCCAGAGACCGUCCAACGAGAGAACAUCUUCCAUACGAGGUGUAGCGUGGAGGGCAAGGUAUGUAGUCUAAUUAUUGAUGGUGGCUCUUGCACUAAUGUGGCCAGCAGGUACCUUGUUGACAAGUUAGGGCUAGCAAAGUCGCCACACCCCAGGCCAUACAAGCUUAAAUGGCUCAAUGAUGAGACGGAGCUUAAAAUCUCGGAACAAGUUGCUGUGCCCUUUUGUAUUGGUAAGUACCAGGACCAGGUGAAGUGUGAUGUGGUUCCUAUGCAAGCCGGACAUCUGCUGUUAGGGAGGCCUUGGCAGUUUGACAAGGAUACCAUUCACCAUGGAAGGACUAACACCUACAGUUUCACCCACAACAACAAGAAGCACAACCUGGCUCCUCUCAGCCCCCAAGAGGUCUACGAAAUGCAGAGAGCCAUGGACCAGUCUGGGCUGUUUAGUAAAACUAACCUAUUAAUCUCUUCUAGUAAAGUGAUUAAGUCAUUACAGCAAGAUACACAUGUGCUACUGAUGGUCUUCAAGGAAGGUUGUUUUGCAGGUUUUGAGGCACCAGAUUGCCCAGCUGAGAUGCAAGUGCUAAUGGACAAGUACAAGGACGUGUUUCCUGAGGAGAUACCAGCCGGCUUACCACCCCUCCGAGGCAUUGAGCAUCAGAUAGACUUUAUACCCGGCGCCCCACUUCCAAACCGAGCCGCGUACCGAGUCAAUCCGGAGGAGGCUAAGGAGCUGGAGAGACAGAUUGAUCUUAGGAGUGGCUACCACCAAGUACGGAUGAAGGAGGGUGACGAGUGGAAGACUGCUUUCAAAACCAAGCAAGGCUUGUACGAGUGGCUUGUGAUGCCAUUUGGUCUUACCAACGCCCCUAGCACCUUCAUGAGGCUUAUGAACGAGGUACAGGCAUUGGAGCUGUUCUUACUCAAGGAGGCCGACCAGUGGCAUUCUUUAGUGAGAAAUUGA